AGAGUAUUCAUAAUUAUUAGCUCUAGCUCAUGUAGUUUUCUCUUUAUUUUUUGAUCAAGGCACACAGCUCAAAAAAUUUUCUGUUAAUUUUAGCGGGAGGUAUGAGCACACCUUAAGUGUGAGAUUGUGAUGACUGGUUUUUGAUUAGGUGAAGAAUUGGAAUCGGGUGUAAUUUUGAAGCACCGGUAGAGAUUUUAUUCUUCAAACGAAAUGAACCAGGAGAAUAAUAAUCGGAAUAAAAAAAUGGAUUUAAAUUGUUUUGGAAAAGGGCAAGGGAAAUUGAAUCUGGAUUUGAAUAGGCAGCCAGAUGGGUGUGACAGUGAACUAGGGUUUCAGUUUGGGGAUAAUUAUCUGGAGAAACAAACGGAAGUAAACCAGUCUGUUUACAGUGAUAUAAGAAGAGUGGAGGACAACCCAGAUGGUUCUCAAAGUAAAAGGAGGAGAUAUUCGACUAAAGAGAAGGGAAAGGCUAAAAUUGAUGAGACUGUGCCGUUAAUAGUCAUUGACGAUUCUGAUGACAACCUAAGUCUUGAAUUGGGUCAGAAACCAGUUAGAGGAGAAAGUGAGGAGAGAAAUUUAAACAAUAUUUGGCCACUAAGUGAGGUUCAAUCAGCGUUAAAGAAUACGGGGCCUGUGGUGGAGAAGAAUUUCUAUGAAGCAGAAGCUGAACCUUUAGGUACUGAUAGUGAACAAGAAAGUGUUAAGGCGGUAAAUUUUUUGUUGGAUUUGAGCGAGGAGGUGAUAAAAAGAGAAGAAAGGAAAAAGUAUCAUGAAAUUGCAAAAUACCAUGCGCGGAGUCUUGCGCGUCCUGAUGAGGAGUUUCAUAGGAGAAAGUCUCAUCCGGAAGAGACCAACGUGGCGGUAAAGGAAGCUGACGAUGAAUUUCAAGAUUUGGAUAGUCCUUUUUGUGUAGCAAUGAUGAUGAUCAAGAAGAGGAAUUCAAGUUCAAGUGGCCCAAAGAAAUCUGAAGAUGGAAGCUUCAAGUGGGUGCCUUCAAAGGUUACUGGAAGUGGUGUUGUGAAGCGAGGUGUUCCUUCAUUGUUGGAGCUUAGUUUGAAUGUUCUUGCGAAGAAUUCUGAGGCAAUGGUGUCACUUGAACAUGUUCCAAAUUUCUUGAGGCAUAAGCUUAGUAGGAUGAUUUGUGAUACAAGGAAAAUGGAUGCUUCCUUUUUUGAGCUUCUUGCCAGAGGGUCUCCCACUGAGAUACGUGUGAAAAACUGUGCGAGGCUGGAAGAAGAUAAUUUCACCAAAAUCUUGGGUUCUUGUAACACUCAAUACUUGACUGUAUUACAACUUGAUCUUAGUGGACAGUCUCUGUCCAAUAUUGUAUUGUGCAACACCUUAGCCAAGUCAUCCCAUAGCCUUCCUGCCUUGGCUACCAUAUCUCUGAGUGGCGCUCUCCGUUUGACAGAUAUCGGGCUAACUGCACUUGUUGAAUCUGCCCCUGCACUCCAAUCUGUAAAUCUAAGCCACUGCCCUCUUCUCACAUCUUCUGGCAUCACUGCUCUGGUUAGCUGUCUUAAAUCUACUUUGAGAGAGCUGUAUAUAGAUUACUGUCAAGACAUUGAUGCCAUGGUUAUAUUGCCUGCCUUAAAGAAACUGAGAUAUCUUGAAGUGUUGUCGCUGGCAAGUAUUAAGUCUGUUUGUGAUGAUUUUGUUAUUGAGAUAGUCAAAGGGUAUGGCGUAAAUAUGAAAGAGCUUGUUUUCGCUGAAUGUGUGGAAUUGACUGAUAUAGCUUUUAAAGCUGUGGGACAAAACUGUUCAAGAUUAUGUGCCCUAGAUCUUUCUGAUUUACAUAAGCUAACAAAUUCAACAUUGCAACAUCUUGCUGAUGGUUGCCAAUCAAUUCACUGCCUUAAACUUCACCGUAACAGUUUCAGUGACGAAGCUGUUGCAGCCUUCUUGGAGGUCACUGGAGAUUCACUAAGUGAACUUUCACUGAAUCAUAUCAAGGAGGUGGGUCUGAACACUGCCUUGUCACUAGCCAAAUGUUCAAGAAAUUUGCUGAGUUUGGACCUAUCCUGGUGCCGCAGAUUAACAGAUGAGGCACUCAGAUUUAUUGUUGACGGCUGCUCAUCAUUAAGGCUGCUUAAACUCUUUGGCUGUACACAGUUUACAGAUUUUUUCUGGAAUUGUCAUUCAAACUCAAAGGUGCAGAUCGUUGGAUUGCAAUUGAAACCAUUAUUAGAACAUCUUGAUGCCCUUGAACCUCAGAUGGCUCCAUUGCGCUAUUCCCCAUUGACUUCUUUAGUUGAUAAAUGAAAUUCAAAGCUUUCAAAUUCUUGAUCAUUUUUCAUUUUGCAACUUGCCACCCCUCCCUCCGCACCAUAUAGGAAAAGCUCUUCACUCAUUUUUCAUUAACCAAUGUCAAAUUUUUUGACACAUUCAACAUUGAGAUGCAAAAUUACCACCAUAAUUUGUUCAUCAAUUCAAAUUCUGCAAUUUUGAAGAUAGAGCUUUCCAAUUCUUAAAUACAGUCAGACCCCAAACUCACCAAAUUCUUUUGAAGAUAUACCUGUACUGUACCUCUUUCAUGGGAUGGAUGGAAUAUUGAAUAGUUUCCGUAUUACAAAGAUAAUGUAUCAGAAACAUUCAACUUUAAUUAUUGAUUUUCUAGAUAAUGUAAUGAUACUAUUUUCAUGGUUUUUAGAUGGGAAACGUAGCAAGGAAUAUUUAUAGAUGAUCCAUCAGUUAACUGGA